AAUCGAAUGUCAGAAGAGUGCUCGUUUCGCACAAAGCAAACGGACGAACAAGCUAGUUGGAAGGGAAACGACAUCAUCAUCAUCACAGAAAUUGCUGCCGAUUUGUUCUUUGCGUGAGAAAUUUUACGGAAAACUAUUUUUGUUCCCAGUGCUAGUGAAGUGCAAAGUUUCAAGUGAACCUUUCGCAACUGAAAGCUCCAGUGGAAAAAACAAACGUUCCCAGAUCCGAAAAAUCACGAAAAACUUGAUCCCGUGGUUUCGUCGUCGUCAAAACAGUACGAAGGAGGAAGCCAUCAUCGUUUCUUCAGUCAGCUGCAGUAGGCCAUUGCACCGCGCUGGAAACUGGACAGAAAAGGCGUUAAAAAGUUUAGAAGGAGGGAACCGAAUAUUUCUAUUCGCAGUGAACAUAUUUGAAACCAGAGCUAAAAGCAGUAACAUUUUCGACAAUUUUGUUGCUAACGACGAGCUGCUCCUGGUGGUGGGAAGACGACACAACAUGGCGCAGAACAUCAAUCCGGAACGGGCUGCUGCGUCCAAUCCUUCCAAGCAGAGUGACGAAACCCUGAUAAAUAAUAACAAUCAUGCCGUUAGCAAAAGACUCCAGAAAGAGCUGAUGGCACUGAUGAUGUCGACGGACAAGUCCAUUUCUGCCUUCCCCGAGGGUGAGAACUUCUUCAAAUGGAUUGGCACCAUUCUUGGUCCGGAGGACACCGUCUACAAGGGCCAGAAGUACAAACUCCUGCUGGAGUUUCCCAAUUCGUACCCGUACUCGGCGCCGAAUGUGAAAUUCCUGACGCCUUGCUUCCACCCAAACGUGGACCUCAGCGGGUCCAUCUGUUUGGACAUCCUGAAGGAUAAAUGGUCCGCACUUUACGACGUACGGACGAUUCUGCUGUCGAUCCAGUCACUGCUCGGCGAGCCCAACAACGACAGCCCUUUGAACUCGCAAGCUUCGCAGAUGUGGCCCAACCAGGUCGAGUACAAAAAGUUUCUGGAUGAGUUCUACGAGAAGCAUAAAGAAGCUUAAGUCUGGAGUAAAAAGAGUGACUGUCGACGAGAAAGGGUAUGAAUGAUGAUUAUGAUGAUGAUGGUGGUAAUGUUUGAUUGUGAGAGCAAAUGAGCGAGCGAACGCGUGUACGAAAUCGAGAGAUUCACAGACAUACAAAAUAAGAUAAAAUUUAACGGAAAAUUGACUACAAAAUAUCGCAAGGGUGCACGUACACCACAGUUUGAACAUAUACAAAGAAAGCAACGGACGCAAUUUGGGAGUAAGAAGAACGGAACAAGCGAGAAUGCCGACUAAACUUUUUCCAAUAGUGGAAGCAGGAAACGACUUCAUUCAGUGAACGGAACAAUCGGAAACACCUGCGGAUUUCGGGAACAAAUGGAAAGAUCAGGAGAUAGUCGCAUUUCUCCGGGAGGUAAUUUGUGAACAGUUUCGAAUAUUUUUAAACUCUGUGAAUAUUUAUUAUGAGCAUAUUAAUUAAAUGGUUUUACUUGUACGAACGACCCGCUGGGAUUGUACGUUAUUUUCUGGAAAAUCGUUUCUUGAAAGAUUUUUUUUUUCAGGUUCUACAUUUUUUUUUUUUCAAAUAUUAUUUUACAACUAUUAAACUACUCAAGUUUUGUUUGAAAACAUAUCGUGCUUGUUUUCACCUAUAUUAGAGCUCCUGUAAAUAUAUCACAAAUUAUUUUGAUUGAUCGUUUUUUAGCGUAUUAGCGGAAAAGUACAUAUUUUAUGAGUUUAUAAAAUACUUUCACUAUACGAAACUUCUUUAUAUAAACCGAUACGUACUUCGUUUUCUACUCGAAUGUUACUCGAGCGUUCCUUUUGCUCCUCUGCUUGCCUUCCUCCCCAUGGUAUGAAAAUCUUAACUUUCAUAUAGGAAAUAUUGCAUUGAAAGAUUUUACUAUUGUGAGUUUACUUGUCAUAAGACGAGUUCGUACAAUUCCAUUGAAUUCCACCAUUUGAUUGUACUUUUGACAGAUACGUAUUUCGACCUCUGGCGAAGGUACAAUCAAGAAGUGGAAUUAAUAUGUUGUACGAACUCGUCUUAUGACAAGUACAGACAUUACACUAAAAGCUCUAAAUAAUUUUCUUAUCAAAAUUGUAAGUUUUUUUUUUAUUGAUUAAUCUUUCUUAGGCUUGCGGAUUUUAAGGACUAGAUAAAUUCUUUGAAUAAUAGAACAAAAAUGUUCAUAGAAAGAAUGUAUUUGUUGUUGAACACAGGUAGAAAUUUUUCAUAGAUGCGUUUCUUCCCAGAAAAUGACAUUCCAGUACACAGCCCACUAAAGAUCUGUUCACUUUACUGAAAACCUAAUUUAUUCGAAGCUUGGAAUGUGUAUUGCCGGAACACGAUAUAUUAUUUAAUCAUAGGAAGAAUGUACAGCCAAGUUGCCGGAUUGAUCAAGAGAGCAUUCAGAGAUUUGUGACCCUAUCAUGAGGUUGUACAAUUUUUCCAAGGCGCGGAAGAUGGGAACACAGAUCUCUUGAAUGCACGCAUCGGACCGAACAAAAUCCAAAUUGAACAAAUAUCCGCGAUUAACUUUUAAUUUUCCAAGAUCUAGCUAGACCACACAGUACAUAAAUAGACAAAUGAGUAUGCAUUAGAGUACAGGACAAGCACGUAGCACACGUAACUAUAAAUAAAACAAAACACGCAAUGGAAACUAGUAGAAGAGCUUUCAAAACUGCCGAACUGAGGAAUCAUUGUUACAACAGUACAUAAUAAGUAUCAAUCGAGAAGCGAAGGGCAGUAGUUUAGUAGCAACAAACAAAAUUUAUAAUGACUUGGCACCGUGUAGUGUUUAGGUUUGAAAAUCUCUCAGUUAACUUAUUCUCCUUUCCGUAUAUUCUUCAUUUAUCUCUACAUUGAUUGGUAUUUGUAACCGUAAUAAAUGAAUUAUAAUUAUUCCAAUAAUGGAUGAAACGA